GGCUGCCCAAAGGGAGAUCCUCUCAGAACACCAAGGAUUGCUCAGAGGUCAGCUCAUCCUAUUUCUUCUCCAUCCCAUGCUCACCAGAGGCCUCAGAGCCACCGCACUGCGAACACGGCCACAGCUCAACAACGCAUUCACACCAUCCAGCAUUCGCACAAUGGCUUCCUCCCCUGACGCUCUGGUCAUCACCGUCUCUGCCGACGGCAAGGUCAACGCACCCAGCACCGAGUCCGGCAAUCUCCAAUCUCAGUGGUCUGCUUCUCGAGCAGAUGCUGCCAAAGCAGGGACUACUCGCCUUCUGUAUGGUGACUCGACUCCUUACGCCGCGGUUUCUCUCGGCAAGCAGAACACCUACGUUCCCAAGACCGGGCCUGACGCUGUAGACGAUGGCAACGAGGGAGAGUACCUUCGUAAUCAGCACCUCGAGAGGAUCAGAGUUGCGGUCGCAAAGGGUGUCAGAGCCCUGAGAGACGUUGGACCCCCGCAGAAAGGAAGCGAUACUGCCCCUCCCCCGCGAAAGCUGGGUGUGGAGACCACAGCUUCCCCUCACGCGGCCGCUGUUGGGGCACUCCUCGCAACCUACCAGACGAAUCACUUCCGAACUCGCGGAGCAGCAGGCAGUCAUGCCUUUGAGUGUGCAGCUGAGCAGCAGGGAGGCAAGGAAAUCGACAUUGUUCCUGCAUCAGACGCCAAGGCGGAAGAGCUGCUGGACACCGAAGAUGCCAUUGGUGGAGAUGUACCGCUGAGUUGGCAAACUGGGACUGCCUAUGCAGAAGCUCAGAACCUGAGUAGAGAGCUGGCAGAGACGCCUGCCAACCUCAUGACGCCUACGCUCUUCUGCGAACGCGCUCAGGCUCUCUUCAGCGGUGUUGCAGGCACCGAAGUCAUCGUCCAUGACGCAGCAUGGGCCAAGUCAAAGGGCAUGGGGUGCUUCUUGUCAGUCACUCACGGCACAGACGAGCCGGCCAAGGUGCUCGAAGUUCACUACAAAUACCCGGGUGGGGGCGAUGACCUCCCUACGAUCGGUCUGGUAGGAAAGGGAAUCACAUUUGACACUGGCGGUAUCUCCAUCAAACCUGGCCUUGGCAUGAAGUUAAUGAAAGGCGAUAUGAUGGGAGCUGCUUCAGGCCUUGCCACCACCCUCGCCAUCGCUAAACUGGGCCUGCGUUGCAACCUCGUCUUUGUGGCCCCUCUCACCGAGAACAUGCCUGGCCCCUCAGCCACGAAGCCUGGAGACAUCGUCAAAAGCAUGAAGGGCUUGACAGUCGAAAUCGACAACACUGAUGCCGAAGGCCGUCUGGUUCUGUCCGACUGCCUCACCUACGUCUCGCGAGAGCACAAGCCUUCUACUCUCAUCACCCUGUCGACUCUGACCGGAGCUAUCCGCAUCGCCCUCGGAACCGUCUACACGGGUGCCUUUGUCGAAGAUCCAAGUCUCUGGCAUGAGCUCCUCGCCGCAAGCAAAGCUGAAAACGACCGGGUGUGGCGCAUGCCACUGGACGACGACUACCUCUACUCGAUCAGUGGAGCCUCCCAGCCGGCUGACCUGUGCAAUGUCGGUCGACCAGCAGGGGCGAGCGCUGCUGCCAUCUUCCUCAAGCAAUUCGUCGAGGGUCUCGAGGAUAGGGAGAAGGGUGUGCCCGCUCGCACGCGAUUUGCUCACUUGGACCUUGGAGGUACCAUGGAGUCGGACUUUGAUCUGCCAUACCAGGACAAGUAUUGCAUGACUGGUAGACCCACGAGGCUGCUCAUCGAGUGGGCUAGGAGGCUUGCCGCGGCGGGAGGUCAAGGCAAGACUGGCAAGGUGGCUACGGGUGAGAAGCGAAGGAGGGUGUAAUGGAAUGGUCGUGGGCCCGAGCGUCGGCAUCGACCGAGGUGCACGGAUGGGGAAGUCUAGCCCUUUAGGUCAAAGUCACUCAUGAGAAGAAGUCUUUCAAUCAAAUCCGUCAUUGCCAGGGUCAUCUCUCAAUCGUACGAUAGCCCAGACUGAGAGAUGAUUCGCUGGCAGAAUCGGUAUUUCGAUGCAGUAAACGAGAGAACAGAUGGAC